GGAAGUGACGACGCUGGGUGGGCCGAGGGGCUGUACUCCCUCUUUCUUUGCACGCGGUUGAGGAGACCGGCCGGCCUCGGAACGUGUGCUGAGUGAUGCCGGGGAAACUUCGUACUAACGCGGGAUUGGAAUCAGACACGGCCAUGGAAAAGAAAGGAAACGAGAAGAAAGGUAGAAAAGAGAAGCCAAAAUCUGAGAAGACUGAGGAGUCACCAGAAGGAAAGGAAGAAACUAUUUCUUCCAAAGCUAAAAGUGUUAAGAAAACAGGGCCUUCUGAAGUUGACAUGAAUCAUUCUAAAUCCAAAAAGGCCAAAAAGCAAGAGGAGCCACCUGAAGAUGAGGUUAUUUUCCCUAAAACCAAAAGUACAAAAAAACAAAAAGAGCCCAUUGGAGAGAAAGUUGUCUCACCUAAAAUCAAAAAAGCAGUAAAAAGUAGAGAGCCUUCUGAAGAAGACAUAGGUGCUCCUAAGCCCAAAAAAAUGAAGAAAGAAAAAGAAGUGAAUGGAGAAAUUGGAGAGAAAAGCCCCAAACUGAAAAAUGGGUUCUCUCAUCCAGAAGCUGAUUCCAAUGAUGCUGCCAGUGAAGGAAGUAACAGUGAGAUAGAGCAGGAAAUACCUGUGGAACAAAAAGAAGGUGCUUUCUCUAAUUUUCCCAUAUCUGAAGAGACUGUUAAGCUUCUGAAAGCUCGAGGGGUGACCUUCCUGUUUCCUAUACAAGCAAAGACCUUUCACCAUGUCUAUAGUGGAAAAGACUUAAUUGCACAGGCACGGACAGGCACAGGGAAGACUUUCUCCUUUGCCAUCCCUUUGAUAGAGAAACUUCAAGGGCAGCUGCAAGACAGGAAGAGAGGCCGUGCCCCGCAGGUACUUGUUCUUGCACCUACAAGGGAGUUGGCAAAUCAAGUAAGCAGAGACUUCAGUGACAUCACGAAAAAGCUGGCAGUGGCUUGUUUUUAUGGUGGAACGCCAUAUGGAGGUCAAAUCGAACGAAUGCGGAAUGGGAUUGAUAUCCUGGUGGGAACUCCUGGUCGUAUCAAAGACCACCUACAGAAUGGCAAGCUGGAUCUCUCCAAACUUAAGCAUGUUGUCCUGGAUGAAGUUGACCAGAUGUUGGAUAUGGGUUUUGCUGAUCAAGUGGAAGAGAUUUUAUGUGUGGCAUACAAGAAAGAUUCUGAAGACAAUCCUCAGACAUUGCUUUUUUCUGCAACUUGCCCAAGUUGGGUAUUUAAUGUUGCUAAGAAAUACAUGAAAUCUACAUAUGAACAGGUGGACCUAAUUGGUAAAAAGACUCAGAAAACAGCAAUAACUGUGGAGCAUCUGGCUAUCAAGUGCCACUGGACUCAGAGGGCAGCAGUUAUUGGAGACGUGAUCCGAGUAUACAGUGGCCAUCAAGGGCGCACUAUCGUCUUUUGUGAAACCAAGAAAGAAGCCCAGGAGCUGUCACAGAAUGCAUCAAUAAAGCAGGAUGCCCAGUCAUUACAUGGAGACAUUCCACAGAAGCAAAGGGAAAUCACCCUAAAAGGUUUUAGAAAUGGUGACUUUGGAGUUAUGGUGGCAACCAACGUUGCAGCACGUGGAUUAGAUAUCCCUGAGGUUGAUUUGGUUGUACAAAGCUGUCCACCAAAGGAUGUAGAGUCCUACAUUCAUCGUUCUGGGCGGACGGGCAGAGCUGGAAGGACAGGGGUUUGCAUCUGCUUUUACCAGCACAAGGAAGAAUAUCAGUUAGCCCAAGUGGAGCAGAAAGCGGGAAUUAAAUUUAAACGAAUAGGAGUCCCUUCUCCAACAGAAAUAAUAAAAGCUUCUAGCAAAGAUGCUAUCAGGCUUUUGGAUUCUGUACCUCCUGCUGCCAUUGGCCACUUCAAACAGUCAGCUGAGAAGCUGAUAGAGGAGAAGGGAGCUGUGGAGGCCCUCGCGGCAGCACUGGCCCACAUUUCAGGUGCCACAUCAGUAGACCAGCGCUCUUUGAUCAAUUCAGAGGCGGGUUUUGUGACCAUGAUCUUGCGGUGCUCAAUUGAAAUGCCAAACAUUAGUUAUGCUUGGAAAGAACUUAAGGAGCAACUGGGUGAGGAUAUUGAUUCCAAAGUAAAGGGAAUGGUCUUUCUCAAAGGGAAGCUGGGUGUUUGUUUUGAUGUCCGUACUGCUGCAGUUACAGAAAUACAGGAGAAAUGGCAUGACUCGAGACGCUGGCAGCUUGCUGUGGCCACAGAGCAGCCAGAGCUGGAAGGACCACGGGAAGGAUUUCGAGGCUCCAGGGGUCGGGAAGGCGGCCGUGGCUUCAGGGGACAGCGAGAUGGAAGCAGAGGCUCCAGGGGACAGCGGGGAGGAAACAGAAACUUCAGGGGACAGAGAUCAGGAGGUGGCAAUAAAAGUAACAGAUCCCAAAACACGGGCCAGAAGAGGAGUUUUAGCAAAGCAUUUGGUCAGUGAUGAGUUGUAGAGGAUUUAUACGGCAGACACAGAACUAUGUUUAGCAACAUGGAACUGAAUGCUAUUCUUCACACAGUUAAUAGCACACAGCUUUUGACCACUUGGCCAGUUCCCAACCCUUUCAGAGGGUAAGGGUUCAUCUAAAUUAUUUCAUUUGAUCAUUGUCAUUUGUUAUUGCUUUUUAUCAGGUUUUCAUUUGAAAAGGAAAAAUGAAUUCAUUACAUCUUUAAUAUAUUAUCUAGAUUAUAAGAUAAAAUUGAGCACAUAUCUGCCUAUACUAUACCUGUAAGUUGAUCUUUUUUUUUAUUUUCUGUAGUACUAGGGAUUAAACCCAGGGUCUCGCACAUGCUAAGUAUGUGCCCUACCACUAAGCCCCAUCCCACAGAGUAUUUCCUUAUAGUAGUGACCUUCCCUAAAGUAAAUGCCUAAGGGAAGCAGCAAUCUCCAAAGGACCACUUUAUCCUUUAAAAGCGAAGGCUUUCAUCUCUAAUUGGCAUUCCUUGGCCUCCUGCUAAAUAGUUACUUGUGUGGUCCUGUAACAUGUCUUCUGAGAAUUGAUGCAGAACAGUGUUUUAAAAUGAGAUUUUAACCUUAGUUGCGCUGUAAUAGAUUUUGCUGGUAUAUGCUUUAGAUUUGGAGGCUGAAAUAUAUUCAGUACAGAUUACCCACAUUUGUGUGCAUUUUGAUGUUUUUAUCUCAUAUGGUGAUUCAUGCUUCAGUGAAUUCUUCACAGAUAGUAUAUAUAGAAGUACAUUUUAAUGGAAAGCCAAUGACUUUAAGAGAUUUCAAAUGUUUAAGAUGGCUCCAUAGCUAUCCUUGGAAGCAAGGAGUCUGGAUAAAUAGAGUUGAAAUAGUUGUGCUCCAUUUCUUUUUUUUUUCUUUUUUUGUCUUUUUGAGACAGGGUCUCA